AUGAGCGGGCGAAAGCUCAACCCCGAAGAGCAAAAGCUCCAUCAAGCCGCGCUUUCUAGCACAGACAAGGUAUUAACCUCAAGAGAAGCUGAAAAAAUCGUCCCAGAUGUGUCCGCACGCACUGCAGCAGUCAACUUCCUUCUGGGAGCUUCCUGUCCUAACGCAGCAGGCGUCAUCUCCUUCCGAGCUGUGAUGAAAAAGGAGAUAGAAGUGAAAAAAGACAUGAGCGGUGAAGAGGCCAUGGUGCUCGGUCAUAUUCAAGCUUCAGCAAAUGAAGGCAUCUGGACGAAACACCUCAAAGCCAAAACGGAAUUGCACCAAACCGUCAUUGAUAGAUGCCUCAAAUCACUCGUUCAGAAGCAGCUCGUGAAGGCUAUCAAAGCUGUCAGGCACCCAACCCGCAAGAUCUACAUGCUCGCGCAUCUAGAACCUUCAGUUGAGCUUACAGGUGGGCCAUGGUACACCGACAACGAACUCGACACGGAAUUCAUCAAGCUCCUUUCGACUGCAUGUCUGCAUUACAUCCGUGACCGUUCCUUCCCCAAACAAAGCUCCAAAGCCCAAAACGAAUACAGACUCUACUCCAUAAGCGCUGCGCCUUCCUACCCAUCUGCUCAGCACAUUCAACAUUUUUUAAGUAAGAGCAAGAUCACAGAGACCCAAUUGGGCGUUGAGCAUGUUGAGAUGCUUUUAAGAGUGUUAGAGUUGGAUGGGGAGGUCGAGAAGUUACCUGCGUUCACGGCAUCUGCUUGGGACGCUACAGUCGACUCUGAUGAUUCAGUUUCUGGAUCUAGCUCGGACUCGGACUCAGACACAGCCACUCGCAAAAAGCGUAAACGCAGCUCAUCAAAAAAGAAGAAAGAACGUAAAACUAAAACGCGAAAACGGCGGCGUACGGAGGAAUCAAGCAGUUCCAGUGAGGGCGACAGUGAUGAUGACGAGUCUGAAGAAGAGGAACGGCAGAAACGGAAGAGGAAACGAAGUAAGAAGGAAGAGAGCGAUGAGGAGGAGAAUCACAAAACUAAGAAGAAUAAGAAACGGAAGAGCCGGGAAAAAGAGGAUGAGAGCGAGAGCGAAGACAGCGAUGAUGAUGAUCGUAAGUCCUCGACGUCUAAACGCAAGCGCAAGCGCAAAGGGAAGAAGCUUGAUGAUUCCUCUGACGAUGACUCUGAAUCCGAAUCCGACUCUGACCAUCGUCGUUCGAAAUCGAAAUCGAAAUCGAAAUCGAGCUCAAAAUUAAAGUCGAAGAAGACGAAAGCGAAGACAAAGAAGCCAUCCUCGAGUUCAAAACGCGUCAAAUUCGAGUCUCCGGAGGUGGAUGACAAUAUCAACGUCGGAGGAGCCUUUGUCUACCGAGCAAUCCGCCAAGAGCGAGUCGCGCUGGGAUGGUCCCAAGCUCCAUGCGGUAGAUGUCCAGUAUUCGACUUCUGUCGCGACAAGGGGCCUACGAACCCACAAGAGUGCGUGUAUUAUGAGGAGUGGUUGAAUUUCAAGGGACCAGGAGUCGUGAAGGUGGAGGUGUAA